AACGAGUGACUGCGCAGUCGCAGGCAUCAUCUCAAGACGUGCCACUUUUCUUUGCUUUCUCGGUCCUCCAUGGUUGGGGUUACAUCUGCGCAUGCUUUUUGCUGGCCUGUCCUGCAGCGGCGUAUAUGGCACAAUCAACCGAAGUCUCAUUGAUACUGAGAAAUUGCUUCACCACCUCGAUCAGCCUACUGAAGUGGUUGAUGAACCUGAUGCUAAGGAAUUAGUAGUCUCGAACGGCGAAGUUGACCCAUGGCUGUAAUUAAUACCAAUAAGCCGUGCUAUUGUUGAAGUUGUCUUGCAUCAUGCUUCGUAGUGUGCCUAUCGUCCUCGCCGUCGUGUGCCACUAGUGGCAUACAGCGAGCAAGCGUGAGAAACAGCAACGAGACACAACAUCCUUGGGCUCAACAGUCUCGAGUGGAAUUGGCUGUAAUUCAACAUAAGCUGUAUUAAUCACAUGGUAGAGUACUUAGAGUUAUGGUUAUGUCGAAGCAGAAGC